AUGGACGAAGCUAAGCAAGCACAUAAAAGGCUACUCUCUGGACCGACUGUCGAGAUUGUCGUAGGCAAGGAAAGGAAGAAGUGGUGUUUGCAUAAGAACUUACUGUGUCAUCAUUCGACUUACUUCGAGGUGGAGUUUGACGGGCAUGAGAUACCCAAGAACAAGACCAAUGGUAUGGAUGAAGGGGGCAGUGAGAAAGCCUUGCGACUUGAGCUACCGGACGAAGACCCCCAAGGCUUCGAACUCUUCGUGAAAUGGCUAUACCAAGGCAAACUGGAAGAACCGCUAGAUCUGGAAGACGAGGAGGCGCACUACAGUCAAGCAGUCUCCUGCCAAAAGCUCCACCGCCUGUGCGAGAAAUUCUCCUUACUACACCUCGCGAAUCUGAGCAUGGACGCCUACCGCCUGUCCCUCAACACGGCCCAACUUGUUCCAGACGCGGAAGAGAUCAAUGAGAUCUAUCGCUCUUCCGCCCCAGGCUCGCCUUUCAGGAAGCUUAUGACGAGGAUUGCGGCACGACAGAUUAUGGACCCAGAUGUCGACAAGGAUGCGGAAAGCUAUCGGUGCUGUUUUGAGGGUAAUACUGAUUUUGCUGUCGAGAUGGUCAAUGCGAUUCGGUCGCUGUCAGGUGGGAUGUUGUUCGAGGACCCAACGACCGAUGUAGUAGACGAGGAUGGCGAAGCUGAGGGUGAUGGUCCAUGCGAGUAUCACGACCACAGCGAUGGGUCGAGAUGUGCAGGUGGCCCCAGCUCGGUCAAACUCAAGAUGGAGCCUGUGGUGAAGACGUUGGUUAAUGGUGAUGGUGCCACACCCAGCGUAGUCAGGCAUCCGAUUGUGCAACUUCUACCAGUCGAGCUUUCGGCUGAAAGACGAACACCGCGGAAACUGAACGUGGAACCUCCAAGGACACCGACUCCAAAAGGUGGUGCUUCGCGUAAAGCACCGGCCAGUACGAAAGGGCAGAGCGCUGUCCAGCCGCGCAAAGCUAGCAGUACUGUCCCGAAGAAGAAGCCUCAGCAAUUGGUCAACGGAAAUGGAAUCUCACACUCCCAACCUCAUGCUAAAACACAACCCCUGACAAACGGUCACCUCCAUAUACAGUUGCAGACUCCCACACGACCCUCAGGACCCUCCCUCGACUCCAGAAGUUCAGCCAGCGGACCACGAAAACUUGCUCGGACUCCCGCGAAGCAGAUCGGCGGAGCUACGAAUGCCACCAGUGUCCUCGGUAAACGGCGAGCGACGGAAGGUGCACCUGCUGGUGGCGUGAAGCAAGGUGCUGCUAAUGAUGUAAAUGGUGCGACGCCGAGGAAAGCGAGUCAGGGCGUCAAUGGGUUUGUGCAGCAUUGGAACGGAAUGAAUGGAGAGCAGAGUGAUGCCGGGGCUGAGAUGGCGUUUCGGAAGAUAGCGCCGAAGUUGAGGAGGACGCAGGCGGUAUAG